GUGGACAUAGUGACCUACUUUUUGCCUGAGAAAAAAGACUGGGAGGAGGGAAGAGAUGCACAGAAAGGGAAGCUGUAAGGACAUAAGCACACGUAGACCGUGAUCUUCCAAAGACAAGAACAGGCGUGUUAAUAACCACCACUCUAUCCUACAUAGUUUAACGACAUAGAACGGAGAUAUUUAGAAAAGCCCAAAAUACCACUUCUAUCAAGAACAAUUUGGAAGUUUACGUUCAAGGAAGUCAAAGUGGACGGAUGCUGGAGAUUGCUCCAUGGCAGCGGCUACCUCAUUCCAUACAUCCAGCAAAAGCUAUAACUUGGAAGCAUUUUUUAGAAUGAAACGAGGUAGACUGACUGUUACAAUUGAUAGCCAGGUUGUACAAAUGCAACAGAGAACAAAGAAACAAAAAAUGGAUAAACCAUCUUCUGUGAUGGGCCAAUUUCAGAUGCAAUAUGGCAUGCUAGACUGGGGAAACCUGCCCCAUCAUGUAGUUUUACAUAUUUUUCAGUAUCUUCCAUUAGUGGAUCGGGCCCGUGCAUCAUCAGUUUGUCGACGCUGGAAUGAAGUUUUUCAUAUUCCUGAACUAUGGAGGAAAUUUGAAUUUGAGCUAAAUCAGCCAGCAACUUCAUACUUAAAGUCUACUCACCCAGAUCUAAUCCAGCAGAUCAUUAAAAAACAUGCUAAUCAUCUUCAAUAUGUGAGCUUCAAGGUUGACAGUUGCACAGAAUCUGCAGAGGCAGCAUGUGAUAUACUUUCACAGCUUGUAAACUGCUCUAUCAAAACUCUUGGGCUGAUAUCAACAGCAAAACCAAGUUUUAUGAAUGUAUCAAAGUCUCAUUUUGUAUCUGCCCUGACGGUUGUUUUCAUAAACUCUAAAUCACUGUCAUCAAUAAAAAUUGAUGAUACUCCUGUGGAUGAUCCAUCUUUGAAAGUUUUAGUGGCUAAUAACAGUGACACCUUGAAGUUGUUGAAAAUGAGUAGCUGCCCUCAUGUUUCUCCUGCUGGAAUUUUAUGUGUUGCUGAUCAGUGUCAUGGUCUUCGGGAGCUGGCUCUGAAUUACCAUCUGCUGAGUGAUGAGCUAUUACUGGCUCUUUCAACCGAGAAACAUGUUCGCCUUGAACACUUGCGUAUUGAUGUUGUCAGCGAAAAUCCAGGUCAAACACAGUUUCAUACUAUUAAGAAGCAAAGCUGGGAUGCGCUCAUCAAGCAUUCGCCUAAAGUAAACAUUGUAAUGUACUUCUUUUUGUAUGAAGAGGAAUUUGACGCAUUUUUCAGAGAGGAAACACCUGUCACACACCUUUAUUUUGGUCGCGCAGUUAGUAAAGCAAUGCUAGGUCGCAUUGGCAUGAACUGUCCUCGUUUAGUUGAACUAGUAGUGUGUGCAAAUGGGCUUCAACCUUUGGACGAUGAGUUAAUACGAAUUGCUGACCGAUGCAAGAACUUGACCGCCAUUGGACUGGGAGAGUGUGAAGUUACCUGCAGUGCAUUUGUUGAAUUUGUAAAAAUGUGUGGAAGAAGACUGACACAGUUAUCCAUAAUGGAGGAAGUGCUUAUUCCAGAUAACAAGUACAACUUGGAGCAAAUUCAUUACGAAGUGUCAAAACAUCUAGGAAGAGUGUGGUUUCCUGACAUGAUGCCUACAUGGUAGAUUUGUAAGAUUAGCUUCAGCUCUUGUGUAUAGUUGACUUUGAGCUCAAUUUGUUAUGCAAAACAAAUCAGCAGUUAAGAGACAAAUAAUGUAAUGGUCAAGAGUUUUCAAAAACAUUAUUGUAAUAUGCAUCAACAACUCUUACCGUGAAACCAAGUUGAUAUUUGUAUAUUUUACAAUGCUGUAAAUACAAGGCCAUUACUUUGUACUAACAUUGCACUAUAUAUGGUCAUGCUUCCUAAGUGAAUGUAUCAGAGGUGUAUAUAUGAAUUACACUAGAUGAAAUUGGAAGAAAAAUUGCAAUUGACAUAGACAGCACAGCUGUGGUAUCUACACUUGCAAAAUGCAAAAGUAAACCAAUAUAAUUUAAUCAGUUCUCAAUUUUUAUUUUUAUUUGUUCUCCUUCAAUGUAUUGUUGGUCUUGUGUUACUCGUCCUAAACACUUUAACUUUAAUAUAAAGCAACCACAAUGUAA